GCAUCAUGGCGGCGUCCAUCGACACGCGAUACGAAUCUAGCUCCGACGAAAGUUUAGGAAGUGGAGAGGAUUCACACACAGACGAUGAGGAUGUUAGUUGUGAUGACACUGCAAACAAGCAGAAGGCUAAUGAUAAUGUGCCAGAAUCACAAGAGCAAAAUGAAGAGCUGGCAGAAGCACACACACACGGCAUGGAAAAGACUGGCAUGGCUGAUGUUAUGGAGAGGAUUCUUUCCCGAAGUGCCGGUGCUGCACAGUCUGCGAUUCUCAGUAAAGCUCCUAGUAGAGACAAAAAACUAAAGAAGACAGAAGAAGCUGAUUCUUUAUCAACAGCAGCAAAGAGAGAUGCAGAGGAGCCUGAUUCAGGUGUUCCUAGCAAGGCAAAGCGAAAAGAGAAAGCUGAAUGGGAUGACUAUGGACAUGUGAAACCAAAGGUCACUGACAAGGAGAAGGAGAAAAACCUCGCUCGAACAGCAACAAGAGGAGUGGUCCAGUUAUUCAACGCAGUGCGGCAACAGCAGAAGCGGAUAGAGGACGAGAUGAAGGUGGCGGGAAGUUCCAUUCGCAAGCAAGACAAGGUCAUGAAGAGCCUCACAAAGGGUCGCUUCCUUGACAUGCUCAAAGGAGGAGCCGAGAAGGAAAGACCAACUGUACAGAUCAAAGAGGAUUCAAAUGAGACUAAGCCAGCAUGGAAUGCGUUGAGAGAAGACUUUAUGCUAGGUGCAAAAAUGAAGGACUGGGAUAAGGAUAGUGGUAAUGACAGUGACGAGCAACCGAUCUGAGACACGUGGCGCCAUGUAUCGGCAGUAAUGUAGCCUAAUUAUAACAGGAGGAAUUGUUCAUGUGAAUGUUAUCAUGAACGUAUGUAUACUGACGUAUAUAUAUAUAUAUAUAUAUAUACAUGGUAAUAUUCAUGGUGAAACGGUUAUAAAAAAGUAUAGUAAUGUCAUCAUGUUUGGUUAUUCGAAAAACUAGUUCAAAUUUGAAGUUAAUUUAAAUGAAAAAAAGAGCAAAUUUAUAUCCUAACAACCGAAGUUGUACAAUUAGGUUAUUAUGUGUUAUCUAUUAUGAGAGGUUUCUGUAGUGGUAAUCCACUACCAGGUAUCUUGCAGUAAUAAUACAGUAAUAGGGGUAUAUCCUAUUAUUAUAGACAAUAGAAACAAUAUAUCAGCUUGAAUGUGAGCUGUGAAAUUGUUAUUUUUAAUUUUUGUAAAUAUAUUGAAAUGUACAGUGUAACUGUAAUAAACAAGGAGGUCUGUAUAUAAAAACAACAUUGUGAGAUUUGUUGCCAAGCAUGAAAUUCUUAUCAUAUCCAUGAACAUAAAAAAUCAGUGAUAACACGUGA